UGCCUGUCCACCACCUGGCAGUUGUCCAGUACCAGCUCAGUUGCUGGUGGGUUCCUGCUCGGUUACUCUCACCCAAGACUGGACAAGGGGAAGUGAAGGAUCCUGACCCAGGUACAAACGCCCAUCCUGGCCUCCUCAUUCCUCCACUGCCCACGUGCUCAGUCCUUCCUCUUCUAUGUGGCUGCACCAGCUGCUGUGCCCCCAUCCUCCCCACCUGCAUUAGGGAAGCUAGGUACACUGCUCCUGGCUCUUGCAAAGGAAUCAAGCACACCAGCUUCAGUUCCCCGUGUAUGCUCAGAACCUUGGCAGUUCCCCUCCCUAGCCCGCAGAGUUCCACACACUUGUCCCGAUGAACCCUUACUAACACCUUCAACUCCCCAAGGCAGAUGCUGGACCAUGCUCACUUCUCCUGGCUUCUUGUUCCACAGCUCCAAGUGCAGCCACAGGUCCACAUUCACAGCUUCGGCUUCGUGCCUCCAGAAAGGUGCCAAACACACAAAGAGUGGGGGUCUGUUCCUGGAAUGCGCUCUUCCCGCAGGGGCUUAGCCAGGGAGGGACCCUCCAAACUCCAGAGUUCUGAGCUGGAGGUGUCCACACCCAGUAGCCUUCCCAGAGCCUGGGGAGUCACUGGCUGUCAUUCAUUAAGACCUUCAGCUUACCUUGUAUGCUCUCAGCCAAUCACUCCUUGUUCUUUCAUUCAUCAUUCUUUCCCUUACCAAACACUUGUGAGGGUCAGGCAGUCUGUGAUCAGCCUGUAUUGGCUGGUCUUGGAGACCCAGAGAGGACUCAAACCUCAACACCCCUGGCUUUCUGAGACCCCUGUUCAGAGGGGAACCCAUAUCUGGAAAUGUGACUGAGGGUGCAUGUCCAUGUGCAGGGACCAGAAUGCACAGGUCCAGAGGUUCCAGAAUCCUCAGGCUGUGCUCUUAAAGCAGACAUACAGGUAGUCAUGUCCAACAGUGCUUCCUGUGGCCUUCAUGGCAGAGCAGGCAAAAAAAGAGCUCCUACUGGUAAUUCAAGUCCUCAAGACAGAAAGAGCCGCCUUCCCUGUCUCAACUGGCUCUUUCUGGAUCCUUUCAAAACUUGUAUGUCCUUGCUACGCCUGGUGUGAUCCUAAACCAGCAGCAUGGGCAUCACCUGGGAUGUUGCAGAAUCUGAGACUCCAUCACUGACUGGAGGCAGACCCUGCAUUUUAGCAAUGGGGACUGCCGGUGACUGAUGGGCACCGGUACUUCUCAAUUAGCUGCACAUUAGAACCACGCAGCAAGUGUCUAGGAGUAGCCACACCCAGACCAAUUAAGUCAGUCUCUGGGAGCUUCUAUCUCUUUGUAAAUUCCUCAAGCAAUCCCAAUGCAUGGCCAGACAGAACCAGGGCUCUGCACUCUCCCAAUAGAUUGACCUCCUGGGGACCUUAUCUGGCUGGGUCUCACAUCCUAACUGCACCAGUCUUGCCUCCUCUUCAUUGGCCUCCCAGCUGUCUUGAUUUUCCUCCCAUCCUCUGUCCACUGGGAACAUGGGGUGUCCUCAGACUCCUUCCCCAGCGCCAAAGCCUUGGAUACUACCUGCCCCAAAUGUGCCAUCGCAGUGAGCCAUCCACAGCCCCAUGUGACAUCUGCCCCUGCAACAGGGAAGUCCUGCUUAGAGCUGGAAAGUGGACCACAGGGAAGUGUUAAAAUGAGGAAGGCAGAUGAGGUAAUGAGCAAAAAGGCCUCACCCAUCACACUCACUGGACUCUUGGAUCUCCCACCCAAAGCAGACUAUGCCCCCUCUCCCUGGCUGAAAUUAGGCUUUCGCCUGCCUCUGUUGGCAGGAGGUCGUCAGGGUCUGGCACCAAGUCCUCCAUGGACCCCAGAGGUUAGCAGGGCAUGUGGUGGGACUGAGAGGGAGGGAGACAGUAGAGAGCCAAGAAACUAGUGACUGUUAAUGUGCUGACCUCCAGUGCAUGAAGUGCAGAGACAGUAGCAGGCAGGUCAGGAACUCAAGAAGUGCCGCAGGAUCUAGGGACAUGCGCGCACUGUCCCCGCCUCCUUUCCUUCCUUCUCUGCCCUACCCAUAUGGCCUUGUGGAGCAGAAGCCACAGUCACUUCCUGAAAGCAAAAGCCCCAGCUCAGUUCCCACUCUCACCGUGACCCAUCACCUGCCUGCUGUCAUGGGAAGCCAUCAGGACUUUCGGAACCUUCAGGCAAAAUUCCAGGCCUCUCAGCCUGAGACCAGCGAACUCCCCCCCAAAUCCCCAAAGCCUGAGUUCAAGAAACUCCUCAAGAAGUUUCCACAGCCUGAGCCCAGUGAGCACUCCAAGAAGCCUCUGCAGCUUGAGUUCAGGAAGCCACCACAGCCUGAGUUCGCUGAUCUCCCAAAGAAGCCCCCACAGCCCGAGUUCAGUGCAGUCCCCAGGAAGCCCCCACAGCCUGAAUUCACUGAUCUGCCCAAGAAGCCCCCACAGCCUGAAUUCACUGAUCUGCCCAAGAAGCCCCCACAGCCUGAAUUCACUGAUCUGCCCAAGAAGCCCCCACAGCCUGAAUUCACUGAUCUGCCCAAGAAGCCCCCACAGCCUGAAUUCACUGAUCUGCCCAAGAAGCCCCCACAGCCUGAAUUCACUGAUCUGCCCAAGAAGCCCCCACAGCCUGAAUUCACUGAUCUGCCCAAGAAGCCCCCACAGCCUGAAUUCACUGAUCUGCCCAGGAAGCCCCCACAGCCUGAAUUCACUAAUCUGCCCAAGAAGCCCCCACAGCCCGAGUUCAGUGCAGUGCCCAGGAAGCCUCUGCAGCCCGAGUUCACUGAUCUGCCCAAGAAACCCUCCAAAUCUGAGUUCAGUGAACUCUACAAUAAGUUCCCACAGCUUGAGGCCACUGUGUUCCCCAGGAAGCCCCUGGAGCCUGAGGUUAGUGAGGCCCCUCAGAAGGCCUUACCGCUGGAGCCCAGUGCACUUUCCCAGAAGCCCCCGCAGCCUAACCUAAGCAACCCCACCAGACCCCCCACAGAACCCAAAUUCAGUACAUUCCCUAGAAAGUUUUGGCAGCCUGAACCCAAUGAGGCCAUCCUGAAGCCCUCUCAGCCAGAGUUCAGUAACUUUCCAAAGAAGCCCCCACACCCUGAGUUCAGAAAGCCCCAGCAGCCUCAGAUGCCCCCCUUGAAGCCUGAGCCCAGUGAACCCCACCCCAACUUCUCACAGCCUGACUUGAGUGCCUUUCCAAAAAAGACCCCAUCGCCUCAGCUGAGUAACCUCCCGAAGAAGCCCUUGCAGCCUGAGUCUGGUGACCUCACCAGGACGUCCUCAGAGCCCGAGGUCUGUGUGUUUCCCAAGAGGCCACGGCAGUCUGAAUCCAAAGCACUUUCUAAGCCCCCGAAGCCCAAGGGAGGCAGCUUCCCAAGGACAUCCUCAGAGCCCGAGGUCAGCCUACACACCAGGAAAUUUACACAACCUGAGGGCCAGGGGACCCCCCGCAAGUUCUCACAGCCGGAGCCCAGUGCUCUGCCCAAGAAGCCCCUGCAGGCGUUCUUUGGGGAUCCCUCUAGAAAGCCUCCACUGCCUGGCUCCGUAUCAGAGAGCUCACUGCCCAUGGCUGUUGUGGGCUCCAGCCCCAGAUUCCCACUCAGCCCAGGGUUUGGAGCCAGGCAGCAGAGGUCAGGAGUUCUCACUCACAGUGGAGCAUCAAGGCUGGGCCUCAAACUCAGCCACCCACCCCAGCGGAGGCCUCUGCCUCCGGUCAGCAGCCUAGGACCCCCUCCAGCCAAACCCCCGCUGCCCCCAGUCUUCAAGGAUGUCCAGAGCUUUCAGAGACCCUCAGCAGCAGCCACAGAUCUGCGGCGGACUCGCUCUUCUGCUGGAAUCCACUUCCAGGCCCAACAGCCUAAGGCUAUCCUGAAGGACCCAGAGGAGAUCUAUGAGCUGUACGAUGAUGUGGAGCCCACAGACUCCAGCCCCAGCCCCAAGGGCAAAGAUGAAGUGCCACCUAUCCACCAACCCCCCAGGAAGUCACCACAAGACCCUAAGCUCAGGAAGAAUGCCCCUCAGCCACAGCAGUUGCUGCCUGUGGACCCUAAGGCCCUGAAGCAAAUCCGGAAGGCGGAGAAAGCUGAGAGGGAGUUUCGGAAGAAGUUCAAGUUUGAGGGGGAGAUUGUGAUUCAGACAAGAAUGAUGAUUGACCCCAAUGCCAAGACACGUCGUGGGGGUGGAAAGCACCUAGGGAUCCGGCGUGGGGAGAUCCUGGAGGUGAUCGAAUUCACCAACAAGGAGGAGAUGCUGUGCCGGGACACCAAGGGCAAGUAUGGUUACGUGCCCAGAACAGCAUUGCUGCCCUUGGAAACAGAGGUGUACGAUGACGUUGGCUUCUAGGGUAUGGAGCGCCUCAGGAAGGGACCCUCUAGAAAGCCAAUCAUUCCCCUGAGGACAAUACGGCCUGCAGGUGUGGGGACCCAGGACAACUCGCCAGCCAAACCACACACUAACACAGGAAUCCUGAAUCCCAGCUUGGAGGUCACAGAACUGCCAAGGCUCACGCCUGACCAUGUGUAUGGCCCACAUAAAGCCAUUCUUUGAAAUUAUCACCACUGCUUGUCUUUUCUUUCCCUUCAGACUGGCACACACAGUGUAAAGCCAUGAUCAAACAGUUGGGGGUUUGUGGGGCUGACCCCCUCCUUCAUGUUCUCACCUCUCAGGGAUAGAAGGAGAAAAGUGUGGCAAAGAGGAGGUGGCAAGGGAACUAGUCCCCUGCUGGAAUUCAAAGUUUGAGUCACCGUGAUUGGAUCCCCGUCAGUUGCCAGCAACAAUGGAGAAAUGGGCAGGACAUAUCCAAUACUGUGACCUCUCCACAUGCAGACAGGACAAGCAGGAACUGCUGCUGCUUACAGGCUACAAACAGCUGUCUAGCCCAAGUGGACCUAUGUAUGAGGUCACAUUUUGGUGGUGGUAAUGACAGUGGGGACCCAGUUCUGACAGAGCCCAAGUAUCAAGUUCAGCCUGAACCUCUACAGGACUAAACAUGCUCAGAAAUUCACACCCUGCUAGGUCGGUUUUAGCAAAGAGAAGCUGCUGUGGACUGAAUAUUUGCCCUCCCACCCCUAAUUCAAGAGGCAAUUAGGUAUAUUAGGGCCCUUAUAAAAGAGGCCUAAGAAAGCUCUUUUGUCCUUUCCACCAUGAGAUAACAUCUAGAAGGCACUAUGAACCCAGGAUCUGGUCCUCACCAGGCACUGAAUCUGCCGGCAUCUUGGACGUCCCAGGCUCCAGACUGAGAAAUCAAUUUCUGUUAUUUAUAAACCACCCAGCUUAUGGUAUUUUUGUUAUAGCAGCCACAGCAGACUAAGACAAAAGCUAAACUGGAAAUGAAUGUGAUGCAGUGUCUGUACCCCUCCCAGAAACUGCACAGAAGGGAGACAGGACAGCUUUUACGACAGCUAAGAGCCACAUCUCCAUUACCAACACAAGGGAAUUAAAGUCCACUCAGGAUAUAGUUUCCAUAAAGAGUUAGUUCCUAAAGUGGCAGGGUCCACAGACAAGCAAGAAUGGGUAUGAGACUCCUGGUG